CGACUUUCUUCGAGGCUACAUCUCUGUUAAAUAUUUCUAGAUGAAAAUUUGCUUUCCUCUCUUAUGUGAUAUAAUCCUUCCGCAAACACUAUUUUGAUGGCAGAUUUCGGCGCCAUCUUUGCCCUCUAUUCACGAGGUUCGGCACUAUCCCUAGAUCUUUAUAAGCAUGCUGCCACGGCAAGAGAUGGCAAAUUUCUGUGUCAGCUUGCAAAGUCCGUCAGCAACUUCUCCCUUACGGUCAAGCAGAUAGGUACGAUUAUAAGACAGGAUGACAGCUUGCCCUCGGCCGAGGCCAUUCAAGUACUUCACGAUUUAUUCGACCAAUGUAGCCUCGUGUUAGACGAAAUCAGCGAUAAGACGACUACACAUCAAGAAACCCACGCGGGAAAAUAUGAAGAGCAGCCUGGCCAUCAUCAAAGGGAUGCUGUUCAAUUAUCCGAGGAGGAGCUGGCGCGGUUCCGAUAUAUCUAUGCUCACCUCGAAGCGCUCAAAUGCACAAUUAGGAUCGUGUUGCAGACCUUGUUCACUGCCCAAAGUAUAAUAUGGGCGAGGGUUCAGCCGUCCAUUUCCCCGAAGCGCGCAGAGGCCGCCGUGACAAAUGAGAAGAACCAGCUCGAAAGCCUGGUGAUCGAGCAGCAGAUUGCCAUUCUAUCCGCGUCAAGCCUUUACCAUUCGUCACGUGUCAACGAACGAUUGAUAACGGAAGGCGACAGCUCCCAAAGCCUUACACUCCCGGAGAAGAACAGCUUAACGCCCACGGAUCUCGUUCAGUAUCAGCAUGAAUCUAUCAUAAGCCUAGACACCGCUGACGCCCAGGAAGAGGCUUGGAUGCCGUCGAUUUGCGCGAUCUCCGGAUCCCAUGCGGACCACGUACUGAGCACAUGGACUAGACUACGUCAACUACAUGACAAUAUAUCUGAUAUCGAGCGACAGCGGUUAGCAGAACAAAGGGAAACUCAACAACCCACUGUCGAGUCCGACAGUGACGACGAAGCAGAAUAUCUACGUGAAGACGGCACCAAAAUAGGAACGCCGACUCCUCGUCGACCGGGUAGUGUUCAGCCUCUGUUCACUGAGAAUACCACUCUUCCCAUUCCUGUGCCAACCUCAAAAUUUGGCCCGACAGCACCGAUAUCGCCCGUUUCCUCUUAUGGGGCAUCUCCACGAUCCAGCAUUGCUAGUCUACCCGUCGAAGCUGCAGCAGCUGUUGAGGCAAAGGUUAAAGAUGAAGAUAUCUCUCUUGAGAUUCCAUGGCGGCUCGUUUCAGGCUCAUACUACUGGGACUAUAUCGAUGGCACGGUACAAGAUACGAAUACUGAGAAGCCCUCGUCGUUUGCGUUCUCCGACAGGAGAAGCUGGACAGAGAUAUCGGCGUUAUGGGUUUGCAAGGAAGCCAUCCAAGAAGCAAGAUUUGAAUAUCACCAACUUCAAAAGUCACGUCAAGAUGAUCGGCGAACGAAACUGGAGGCAUGCUUUAAGAUUGACCAAGCCUUAACCUUUGCCCAGGUUCAGCGUCUUGUCGAAAGAACAGUCGAAAUCUAUCGACAAAAUCUACCACCGUCCCCUCCUCCGCCACGCCGCUCUUCAUUCGAACGGCCCUCGGCGUCGAGACCUGUCCGUGACAGAGAUCAAGACCGUACCCCUCUUGCGAGCCUGCAGCCAACGACCCAGAAAACUCAUCCUCCUUUGGAGCGAUCACGGACUGCUUACGCUUAUCCGCCACCACCACCGCUCGAUCGAUCCUCAUCAAUGCCUGGUCCUAGAACACAUUAUCCACCACCACCGCCGGGACCGAUUCCGCACAAUGUGAAUCCUCAACUUCCACCUCGUCCAGGCCAUCAGCCAUUACAGACCAUGCAUUACCCUGCCCAACCUGCAUCGUACUUUCCUUUACCACCCCCGCCGCCCUUCAGCCCGACCUCCGCCAUCCCCAGCCCCGCAGGUCACGGUCGUAUUCCCUUAUCACCUCAAUACCCCCAAUUUCCGCCCAGACAGCCACAACCCACUCCAGUGUAUCGACCCGAGUAUCAGCCAUACCGUUCAGAACAUUACUCUAGUACAUCCACAACGUCCGACUCCGAGAACAAUGGGCUCAAACCCCCACGUGAGAAAAACCGGGAGCGAAGCCAUAGAUCUAGAAGCAGGAGGCCGUCUUCUAGUAGUCACAGAAAGAAGCAUAGUAGUAGUACUGUGGGCACUUUGGCGAAAGUGGGCGGGCUGGCGGCGUUGCUGGACGGUAUUGUCGAAAUGGGGGUUUUGUAGAUUUUGGAGUUGAGGGUAAUGAGUGAUCCUGGACGGCGCCAUGGUGGUUCGCAUCGAUUCCUUUAGAGAUCCGAGUAUCUUAUGUUGAUUAUGUAUUAUCUUUGUAACGGCCAAACUAACGAGACCAAGCGAUUUCCUAUCGUUCCGCGGUAGAAUGUAUGGAUAACCAAUGU